AUGAACCCUCCUACUUCGCAAACGCAAAUCCCUGUUGUGGACUUCGCUGGGUGGAACUCGGACGGACCCGGUCGCCAGCGUGUAGCGCAAGCUAUCGUCGCCGCUUGCAAGAAAGUGGGGUUCGUUUAUAUCGUCAACCACUCUCUCCCCGACACCCUCCUAGAGGAGGCAUUCCACUGGUCUCGGCUCUUCUUUGAGCUGCCGGUAGGAGAGAAGCUGCUGGCCCCUCAUCCGGACGGGUGGGCGGUCCACCGAGGUUAUUCUUGGCCGGGGCUGGAGAAGGUCUCGCAGGCCGUGAGCGCAGAUAACGACGAGGAGCGGGCUACACAGCUGAGGGAGGUUCCCGACAUCAAGGUGAGCAGGGCUGCUGCUCAGUACAUUGUCAUCGGCUUCUCCACGCUUGUAGUCCGCGAGGAGAACCCGAUGCAGCCAAAUCAAUGGAUCCCCGAGGAAACGCUGCCCGGGUUUCGUGCUUUCAUGAAUCGGUUCUAUUGGGAAGGUUUCCGUGUGGGAGGCGAGAUCCUGCAAGCUCUCGCGGCUGGUCUGGGGCUAGAGGAUGAGAAUCAUCUGCUGCAGAAACACUCUGGGCACAACAAUCAACUUCGGCUGCUGUACUAUCCGCCCGUCCCAGCCGAUGCACUAGAGCAACAACGGGUAGCACGCUGUCCGGCACAUACUGACUGGAGCUCGAUCACUUUGCUUUUUCAGGACGACUGCGGCGGGCUAGAGGUAGAGGAUGUUAAUAACCCAGGCCAAUUUGUCCCGGCGACUCCUAUCAAGAAUGCCAUCGUGAUGAAUGUGGGAGAUCUUCUCCAGAGAUGGAGCAAUGACCAAUUGAGAUCAACCAGCCAUCGGGUAACUCUGCCUCCAUUAGCAGAUAGAAUUGAAGGAGAGGGGCGCAUAACUCGUAGACGGUUUUCUAUUCCGUACUUCUUGGCUCCCGACCCUGACUCGGUGAUCGAAUGCAUACCAUCUUGUACUGGGCCUAGUGAGCCUGCCAAGUACGAGCCGAUCACGCAAGCUGGAUAUAAUCAGAUGCGGGCUGCUAUGCAGUACUGA